AGAAACAUGGCAGUUUGAUAAAACAUGGUGGAGACAGCGGCUGAAAUGGAAGCAUAUGUUCUAGAAGACAUUCUGGAGGUGGAGUCAUUCAUUUUAGAUCAGGAUGAUUUGGAAAAUCCAAUGCUGGAAACUGCUUCCAAGUUGCUUUUGUCUGGUACAGCUGAUGGUACAGACCUCAGAACUGUAGAUCCUGAAACACAGGCUAGAUUGGAAGCUUUGCUUGAGGCUGCAGGAAUUGGCAAAUUAUCUACGGCUGAUGGUAAAGCUUUUGCAGAUCCAGAAGUGCUCAGGAGGCUGACGUCCUCUGUUAGCUGUGCCUUGGAUGAAGCGGCUGCUGCCCUUACCCGUAUGAGAGCUGAGAGCACGGCUAGUGCUGGCCCCACAGACAAUCGCAGUUUGGCAGAAGCCUGUUCAGAAGGAGAUGUAAAUGCUGUUCGAAAGUUGCUAAUUGAAGGGCGAAGUGUGAAUGAGCAUACAGAAGAAGGGGAAAGCCUUCUUUGUUUAGCUUGCUCAGCUGGAUAUUAUGAGCUUGCACAGGUUUUGUUGGCAAUGCAUGCUAAUGUAGAAGACAGGGGCAUUAAAGGCGACAUCACACCUUUAAUGGCUGCUGCUAAUGGAGGCCAUGUCAAAAUCGUGAAAUUGCUGCUGGCUCACGGGGCCGACGUCAAUGCACAGUCUUCAACAGGAAAUACAGCACUCACAUAUGCCUGUGCUGGAGGCUAUGUAGACGUUGUAAAGGUGCUCUUGGAAUCUGGUGCUAGUAUUGAAGACCAUAAUGAAAAUGGUCACACUCCCCUCAUGGAAGCAGGAAGUGCCGGUCAUGUGGAAGUAGCCAGGUUGCUGCUGGAAAAUGGGGCUGGAAUCAAUACGCAUUCCAAUGAAUUUAAGGAGAGCGCACUUACUUUAGCUUGUUACAAAGGUCACUUAGAAAUGGUGAGGUUUCUGCUGGAAGCUGGUGCGGAUCAAGAGCAUAAAACAGAUGAAAUGCACACUGCCUUAAUGGAAGCCUGCAUGGAUGGCCAUGUUGAAGUGGCCAGGUUACUUCUUGAUAGUGGAGCACAAGUCAAUAUGCCUGCUGAUUCAUUUGAGUCCCCACUGACGUUGGCUGCUUGCGGGGGCCAUGUGGAGCUAGCAGCGCUGCUCAUCGAGCGAGGAGCCAACUUGGAAGAGGUCAAUGAUGAGGGUUAUACUCCACUCAUGGAAGCAGCUAGAGAAGGGCAUGAAGAGAUGGUGGCCUUGCUUCUGGGUCAAGGAGCUAAUAUCAACGCACAGACAGAAGAAACCCAAGAAACUGCCUUGACGUUAGCUUGCUGUGGAGGUUUUCUCGAAGUGGCAGACUUUUUAAUUAAGGCAGGAGCUGACAUCGAAUUGGGCUGUUCUACCCCUUUGAUGGAAGCUGCUCAGGAGGGUCAUUUGGAGUUAGUCAAAUACUUACUAGCAGCAGGAGCAAAUGUGCAUGCAACAACAGCAACAGGAGACACAGCUUUGACAUAUGCUUGUGAAAAUGGACAUACUGAUGUAGCAGAUGUGUUACUUCAGGCAGGAGCAGAUUUGGAACAUGAAUCUGAAGGUGGAAGAACUCCAUUAAUGAAAGCAGCGAGAGCUGGCCAUGUGUGCACUGUUCAGUUCUUGAUUAGCAAAGGAGCCAAUGUGAACAGGACCACAGCAAACAAUGAUCAUACCGUGUUGUCCCUGGCUUGUGCAGGCGGCCACCUGGCGGUGGUGGAGUUACUCCUGGCUCAUGGGGCCGAUCCCACGCACAGACUCAAAGAUGGUUCAACAAUGUUGAUAGAAGCAGCUAAAGGUGGCCAUACAAGUGUUGUUUGCUAUCUUUUGGAUUAUCCCAAUAAUUUGCUUUCUGCUCCUCCACCUGAUGUCACCCAGUUGACCCCUCCAUCCCAUGAUUUAAAUCGGGCUCCUCGUGUCCCUGUGCAAGCACUGCCCAUGGUGGUCCCCCCACAGGAGCCUGAUAAGCCCCCCGCCACUGUGGCUGCUACACUUCCCAUCAGGAGCAAAGCUGCUUCUAAACAAAAGUCCAGCAGCCAUUUGCCAGCUAACAGCCAGGAUGUACAGGGUCACAUCACCAAUCAGUCUCCUGAGAGCAUUGUAGAAGAGGCUCAGGGCAAGUUAACAGAACUGGAACAGAGGAUAAAAGAAGCCAUAGAAAAGAAUGCCCAGCUGCAGUCCUUGGAGCUGGCUCAUGCCGACCAACUUACCAAGGAGAAGAUCGAGGAGCUGAACAAGACAAGAGAGGAGCAAAUUCAGAAGAAACAAAAGAUUUUGGAGGAGUUGCAGAAAGUGGAACGAGAGUUACAACUGAAAACACAACAGCAGCUAAAAAAGCAGUACCUGGAGGUGAAAGCUCAAAGAAUUCAGCUCCAGCAGCAGCAGCAGCAGCAGCAGCAGCAGCAGCAGCAAUCUUGUCAACACCUGGGACUCCUGACUCCGGUUGGAGUUGGAGAACAGCUUUCAGAGGGAGACUAUGCCCGGUUACAGCCAGUGGAUCCCAUCUUGGUUAAAGAUGACCCCCAGCAGAGUGCUGCUCAGAUGGGCUUUACACCAAUCCAGCCUUUGGCGAUGCCCCAAACUUUGCCUCUGGCAACAGGUUCCCUACCUCCAGGGUCCAUCACAAAUCUUACAGAACUGCAAGGAGUUAUAGUUGGACAGCCCGUACUGGGCCAAGCACAGUUGACAGGGCUGGGGCAAGGAAUUCUGACAGAAACCCAACAAGGGUUAAUGGUAGCCAGCCCUGCUCAGACCCUCAAUGACACGCUGGAUGACAUCAUGGCAGCAGUGAGUGGAAGAGCAUCUGCAAUGUCCAACACUCCUACCCACAGUAUCUCAGCUUCUAUUUCCCAACCUCAGACGCCUACUCCAAGCCCGAUCAUCUCUCCUUCGGCCAUGCUGCCUAUCUACCCUGCCAUUGAUAUUGAUGCACAGACUGAAAGCAAUCAUGAUACAGCACUUACACUGGCCUGUGCUGGUGGACAUGAGGAACUGGUGCAAACACUGCUUGAGAGAGGAGCUAGUAUUGAACACCGUGACAAGAAAGGUUUUACUCCGCUCAUCUUAGCUGCUACAGCUGGACAUGUGGGUGUUGUUGAAAUCUUGCUGGACAAUGGUGCAGACAUUGAAGCCCAGUCUGAGAGAACUAAGGACACACCGCUAUCAUUGGCUUGUUCUGGUGGAAGGCAAGAGGUGGUGGAACUGCUUUUAGCUCGAGGGGCAAAUAAAGAACACAGGAAUGUUUCUGACUACACGCCUCUGAGCCUAGCUGCUUCUGGGGGUUACGUGAACAUCAUCAAAAUAUUAUUAAAUGCAGGAGCAGAGAUCAAUUCCCGAACUGGUAGCAAAUUGGGCAUUUCUCCUUUGAUGUUGGCAGCUAUGAAUGGUCAUACAGCUGCUGUUAAACUUCUUUUGGACAUGGGUUCUGACAUUAAUGCUCAAAUAGAGACCAAUCGUAAUACAGCCCUUACCUUAGCAUGCUUCCAAGGAAGAACCGAAGUGGUCAGUCUUCUCCUGGACAGAAAAGCCAAUGUUGAACAUAGAGCAAAGACUGGCUUAACACCACUAAUGGAAGCUGCUUCUGGUGGCUAUGCAGAGGUAGGCAGAGUCCUUCUAGAUAAAGGUGCUGAUGUUAAUGCCCCUCCGGUGCCCUCCUCAAGAGAUACCGCUUUAACCAUAGCAGCAGAUAAAGGGCAUUACAAGUUCUGUGAACUGCUCAUUAGCAGGGGAGCUCAUAUUGAUGUUCGUAAUAAGAAGGGGAACACUCCCUUAUGGCUGGCAGCCAAUGGUGGGCAUCUUGAUGUUGUCCAGUUACUGGUACAAGCAGGGGCAGAUGUGGAUGCAGCUGAUAAUCGAAAGAUAACUCCCCUUAUGGCAGCAUUUAGAAAGGGUCAUGUGAAAGUGGUGCGUUACUUGGUGAAAGAAGUUAAUCAGUUUCCCUCCGAUUCUGAGUGCAUGAGAUAUAUAGCAACUAUCACAGAUAAGGAGAUGCUGAAAAAGUGCCACCUGUGUAUGGAGUCAAUAGUACAAGCCAAAGAUAGACAGGCUGCUGAAGCAAACAAAAACGCAAGCAUCCUUUUGGAGGAGUUAGACUUGGAAAAGUUAAGGGAAGAAAGUAGGAGGUUGGCUCUGGCUGCCAAAAGAGAAAAGAGAAAGGAAAAGAGAAGAAAGAAAAAAGAAGAACAAAGAAGAAAACUAGAAGAAAUUGAAGCAAAAAAUAAAGAAAACUUUGAACUACAAGCUGCUCAAGAGAAAGAAAAACUUAAAGUUGAAGAUGAGCCUGAAGUUCCCAUGGAGCCUCCCAGUGCCACAACCACCACCACCAUAGGUAUAUCUGCAACCUGGACGACUUUGGCGGGUUCCCAUGGUAAAAGAAACAAUACCAUGACCACCUCCAGUUCCAAAAGGAAAAACAGAAAAAAUAAAAUCACUCCAGAAAAUGUGCAGAUCAUAUUUGAUGAUCAGCUGCCCAUCUCAUUUAACCAAGCAGAAAAGGUGAACGGAGAGUCAAAAAGCAGCAGCACGAGCGAGAGCGGCGACAGUGACAACAUGAGGAUCUCCAGCUGCAGUGAUGAGAGCAGCAACAGCAACAGCAGCCGCAAGAGUGACAGCCAGUGCUCCGCUGCCCCGCUGCCAGCGCCCGGUGGCAAGAAGCAGCCGUCCGUGCUCGUCACCUUUCCCAAAGAGGAGAGGAAGGCCGUGGCCGCCAAGACUUCUGUCAAAUUGUCUGAAACUAUCAGUGAGGUAUCUGGGAAUUCAUUGUCCACCUGCACAAAAUCUGCUUCCUCUCCACUUUCUUCACCAAAUGGGAAGUUGACAGUAGCUAGUCCUAAACGUGGGCAGAAGAGGGAAGAUGGCUGGAAGGAAGUUGUAAGAAGAUCAAAGAAAGUUUCCGUUCCAUCAACAGUUAUUUCCAGAGUGAUUGGAAGGGGCGGCUGUAAUAUCAAUGCUAUUCGGGAGUUCACUGGAGCACAUAUAGAUAUCGAUAAGCAGAAAGACAAGACAGGGGACCGGAUAAUAACGAUAAGGGGUGGCACAGAGUCAACAAGGCAAGCAACACAAUUGAUCAAUGCUCUGAUCAAGGAUCCAGACAAAGAAAUCGAUGAGCUUAUUCCAAAGAAUCGUUUGAAAAGCUCCUCGGUGAAUUCCAAAACUGGGUCUUCGGCCCCUGCCACGACUGCUGCUAACAGCUCCUUGAUGGGGAUUAAAAUGACCACGGUGGCCCUGUCGUCCGCCUCGCAGACCGCGCCCGCCCUGGCCGUGCCCGCGCUCUCCUCUGCCUCCGCUCACAAAACCAUUAAGAACCCUGUCAGCAACGUGAGGCCGGGUUUCCCCGUCUCGCUGCCCAUUGCCUACCCCCCACCCCAGUUUGCACACGCCCUGCUUGCAGCUCAGACUUUCCAGCAAAUCCGCCCACCUAGGCUGCCCAUGACCCACUUUGGAGGGACUUUCCCACCAGCGCAGUCCACUUGGGGUCCCUUUCCUGUCAGGCCUCUGAGCCCAGCCCGAGCUCCUAACUCGCCCAAGCCUCACGCGGUGCCUCGCCACAGCAGUCAGCAACACAGCAGCGGUUCUCAGGUGAACCCCGCAGGUUCUUUCACGUCUGCUGCCGCAGCGACCACCAGUGCGUCCACGGCGACGGGGCCCGGCACCUCCGCAAACGGCAGCCCGAGCUCCCCUUCGGUCAGAAGGCAGCUCUUUGUCACCGUGGUGAAGACCUCCAACGCCACCACGACCACAGUCACGACCACAGCCAGCAACAGCAGCACCGCGCCCACCAACGCCACCUAUCCUCUACCUACUGCCAAAGAACACUACCCCCUGUCAUCCCCGUCCUCCCCGUCCCCCCCAGCUCAGCCGGGAGGCGUUUCUAGAAGUAGCCCUUCUGAUUGUGUAGCAUCCUCUCCCAACAAAGGGAUCCCCUCCUGUGACCAGGAAGCUGGCAGUCCGCCAGUAGUAGAAGCGACCAGCAGUCGACAACCAAAUGGCGCCAGUUCCGUGGGGAGUUCUGCAGGGCAUCCUGCUCCCCAGCCGCCUCCUGGGGCUGCUGCUCCGGACCCACGACCACCUCUGCCACCGCCGCCACCGCCGUCUCAGGUUCCUCCACCCGAAGUGAGAAUGACUGCACCUCCGUUAGCAACGACGAGUUCUGCCCCAGUGGUACUGCCGCCUCCUGCCCCGGGCACCUACCCCAUUCCUCAGGCACAGAUGGGGUCUUCACAGCCUGCUCCCAAGAUGGAGCUGCCCGCGAUCAGGCCUCCACCUCACGCCGCAGCUCCGGCUCACAAAAAUCCAGUACCCUUGCAGAGUUCAUCUGUUGCAGUCCUCAAUGUCAAUCAUAUUAAGAGACCCCACAGUGUUCCCUCUUCUGUCCAGCUCCCUUCGACCUUAAGUGCACAAAGUGCUUCUCAGAAUUCAGCACAUCCAGCAAGUAAAUCCAUGGCCCCCAAUUUCAGUGCACCCUUACCAUUUGGGCCCUUUAGCACAUUGUUUGAAAACAGUCCCACUUCUGCCCAUGCCUUCUGGGGAGGCUCUGUGGUUUCAUCUCAGUCAACACCGGAAUCCAUGCUGUCAGGAAAGUCGUCCUAUUUGCCAAAUUCAGAUUCCUUGCAUCAGUCCGACACCUCCAAAGCACCAGGCUUCCGACCACCGUUGCAAAGGCCUGCUCCAAGUCCCUCAGGUAUUGUCAAUAUAGACUCCCCUUAUGCUUCUGUAACACCUUCCUCUACACAUUUGAGUAACUUUGCCUCAAACCUUUCUGGAGGGCAAAUGUAUGCACCUGGGGCACCCCUUGGAGGACCACCUACAGCUGCUAACUUUAACAGACAACAUUUUUCCCCACUUAGUUUAUUGACUCCAUGUUCAUCAGCAUCAAAUGAUUCUCCUGCUCAGUCUGUAUCCUCUGGAGUAAGAGCACCAUCUCCUGCCCCAUCAGCGGUAUCUUUGGGGGCAGAGAAAGCCAGCAGUGUCUGUCAGGACAGAAAAGUUCCCGUUCCAAUUGGGACAGAACGCUCUGCCCGUAUUAGACAAACUGGAACUUCCACUCCAUCUGUUAUUGGGAGUAACUUGGCCACCCCCGUAGGCCAUAGUGGCAUCUGGUCCUUUGAAGGGAUAGGUGGCAAUCAAGACAAAGUAGACUGGUGUCAUAGUGGAAUGGGAAACCAUAUGAUUCAUAGGCCAAUGUCUGAUCCAGGAGUGUUUUCACAGCAUCAAGCAAUGGAGCGAGAUAGUACAGGAAUUGUAGCUCCUUCUGGUACAUUCCAUCAGCAUGUUCCCGCAGGAUACAUGGACUUUCCUAAAGUUGGGGGUAUGCCCUUUUCUGUCUAUGGGAAUGCAAUGAUCCCUCCAGUAGCACCUAUCCCAGAUAGUGCUGGAGGGCCCAUAUUUAAUGGUCCUCAUGCUGCUGACCCCUCUUGGAACUCACUGAUAAAGAUGGUUUCAAACUCUACAGAAAAUAAUGGCCCUCAAACGGUGUGGACUGGAACUUGGGCACCUCAUCUGAACAGCGUACAUAUGAACCAGCUUGGCUGAUUGGGAUCAACUUGUUAGCCUACAGAUUCCUUUUCAUUCAGAGGAAAUCACAAGUGGCCGAAAUAAUUUUUAUGUUCCCAAAUCAUUCUACUGAUGUGCUUGACUGAAGCGUGUAGGCUUUUUGCAGAAGAUCUUACUAACUGACCUUUUUUCUGUGAACAUUUGUGACCGCCCAUUCCCCACCACCCUACAUUUCACCUUAGUUAGCAUUCUUUCUUCUUUUCUUUUUUUCUUUCCUUCUCUCCCUUCACCCCAGUCCUGUCCCUGCCCUGCCCUUGGACAUGACUUUCUGUUGAAGCUGUUCUUUGGCUGGUUGGUUUUAGUACUGUAAACUGCUUCUGAGCAAACACGGAAAUUUAGCAAAAUUAUGUAAACUUGAUCCUGAAGUUUUAGAAUGGCAAAUAAAUGUACAAUUGUUUACAUAACAGAAAUGGCUAAGCAGAAAGUAAAUUUCAAUAUGUCAGUAUAGAGGCUCUACUUUAUGUAGACUUAAAUUAAUGUGAGAUAUGUACCUUCAUAUUCAGAAAUCUGGAUGUUUCCUUCAUACAUUAAACUAUUAAUAAGCAUAACAUUUCUACUUGUGUAAUUUAAGUACAGUAUAAAAGAAUGGGAGAAUGGGCAUUACCAGUUUGUGUUUCCCCACAUGAGCUUUCAAAAAAGCUAAACUUGUUUUAUUUUGGGAAUGGGAGAGGUUUGUAGCAAGGCACAGACUAGAGAAUAAUUCGUUACUUUUACCUUGCAAAAGUUUCCAUAAAUGUUUCUUAAAUCUUUUGGCACUUUCAGAGCCCAUAGGCACAACCUCUUCUCCAUGCUCCUAGGCCCCUCCAGUCCUAGUCAGAUGCCUUGGUGUGAUGUUAGUCAGUCAUUCCUGCAAGAUUUCCAUCCUUGUAGCUGCUACCACAGAGUGGCUUACCUCAAAGAUCACAUUUAGCUCCUUCCAAUUUUAAAAUGUUUUACAUUUUCUGAGUGGAAAAAGACACUACUGGCUACCAAGGCAGUUUGUCUUACUUGGUAGAUCUUCAUAGAAAGUUUGGUAUUAAGAAAUAGUUGUAUGAGCUGCUGAUUCUAGGUAACUUUCAGUCUCGUCUAUCCCAAAUUUAUCCUAAAAAUCUCAAUUUUGAAACUUAAUGGAAAGUGUUAAACACUGUAUUAAAGAUACUUUGUUCUCAUCACCAGUGCACUCUCUCUGACUCUAGGACCUGCCAGCUCAUGGUAAAUGUAAAGGGCAUUGUGAACUUGAGGUUUAGCCAGCUUAGGUUGCACACAAACUCUCCGAUUCUGCUUUAAAAUGUGUACUGUAUACGUUUAGACUCCAUCCAUUUGACACAGCGAGCUGUAGUCUUGUACCUAACAAGGACACGAGUCUUACAUUGUUGGUCUUUCUUGCUGAAAAGCAAUGCAGCAAAAUGGGUAGGAACAAAGUUAAAUAAUAUCUCUCUCAAUUUUUCCAUUUUCUGUAACAUUAAUCACACUCUGAACAAAAUGAUUAACCAAAUCUGACACGUCAUCCUAAUUUAAAUGAAUUAAUGUAGUUCCUUGCUGUUAAUAAAGUGAUUUAUCUACUGUGGUAGCCAGAGCAAGAAGGGAGUGGGGGGAGGGGGAGAUGAUUUUAUAAAUGGGAGCCUUCAUUUCUUUAAUUAUUAUAAUGUGUCCAGUAGUUUAUGAAUAAUAAUAAUAAUCUUUCUCUUUUUCUGCAUUUCAGUUAUUGCCUUAAAGCACAUAUUUUUUCCAGCUGUCUUGUGAUUAUAACAUCAGAAAUUUAAGGAACAAAUGAAUCAAAAUGCCCUACAGCUAUUAAUUAACUUAAAUUUUAGCACUUUAAUGUGAGUGGGGAACGAAUGCCAAUUUUGAAGUGUUUUUGUGUCCUUUGCCACUAUCUUAACAAUUUUAUGCUUAAUGGCCUUUCCUGUACUAUAACUAGGAUUAUGUUCUAUCUUAAAUAAUCCUAAGAUAUAGAUACAACCCAAUAUUUAUUUAUUACAAAAAUUGUACUUUGGGGUCCAACAAAACUGAGUUACUGAGAAUGUGUGAUUUCUUACCAAAAAAAAAAAAUCUGUAUUUUUUUUUUUUAACUUGGAAGUCAGAACUUCUUACAAGGGGAUAUAAGUUGGAAUGCCCCAUGUUUAGUUUGUCAAUUAGGCUUGUUAAAUAUUAUACCAUGAUUUUUAGUCUGUACUAGGAACAUUUUUCAGGUACAUUUUUUAUAUUUUAAAUGUAAUGCCUUUUAUUUGACAAAUAAAAGAAGGAACAUGACCUUUUGA